GCUUAGGCUCUUGGGAGUUGUAGUACGAAUCCAGUCAGGGUUGGAACCAUGGCGGUGGCCAAGGAACUCUUACAGAUGGACCUGUAUGCGCUGCUAGGUAUCGAGGAGAAAGCGGUGGACAAAGAGGUAAAGAAGGCAUAUAGGCAGAAGGCCCUCUCCUGCCACCCAGACAAAAACCCGGAUAAUCCCAGAGCAGCUGAGCUCUUCCACCAGCUUUCUCAGGCCUUGGAGGUACUGACCGAUGCUGCAGCCAGGGCUGCAUACGACAAGGUCAGGAAAGCCAAGAAGCAGGCAGCGGAGAGGACCCAGAAACUUGAUGAGAGAAGGAAGAAAGUGAAGCUUGACCUGGAGGCCCGAGAGCGGCAGGCCCAGGCCCACGGCAGUGAGGAGGAGGAGGAGAGCAGGAGCACCAGGACACUGGAGCAGGAGAUCGAACGCCUUCGAGAAGAGGGCUCCCGGCAGCUGGAGGAGCAGCAGAAGCUGAUCCAGGAGCAGAUACGCCAGGAGCGGGAGCAGAGGUUGAGAGGAAAGGCAGAAAGUCCUGAAGGCAGAGGAACCCCUAAGCUAAAGCUAAAAUGGAAAUGCAAGAAGGAAGAUGAGUCAAAAGGCGGCUACUCCAGAGAUGUCCUCUUACAGCUUUUCCAGAAGUAUGGAGAGGUGCUCAACCUGGUGCUUUCUAGUAAGAAGGCUGGCACUGCUGUGGUAGAGUUCGCAACCAUCAAGGCUGCGGAGCUGGCUGUCCAGAAUGAAGUGGGCCUGGUUGAUAACCCUCUGAAGAUUUCCUGGUUGGAGGGACGACCGCAGUGUGGGAGAGACCCCAGCCACUCAGGACUGUCACAGAAUCACCUGGAAAACAAACGAAAACCAGUCCACACAAAAACUGGUACGGGAGUGUUCAUCGCAGCGUUAUUCACAAGACCCAAAAAGGGGGAGACAGCCUAAGUGUUUGUCAUCUGACAAUCGGAUGAACUGAUGGAGCCACACAGUGGGAUCGUACCCAGCAAAACAGAGGAAUGGGUAAGUACCCGUGCCCCCUACAAUACAGAUGAACUUUGAAAAUGCACAAGUGAAAGAAGCCAAACAUGGAAGUAAUUAGUGGUUACCUAGGGCUG